CUCGUCUUCUUUAAAUUGAAAUAAAAUCCAGUUUAGCUUCUUACCAAAGAAAAAAAACAACACAAUGGUUAAGUACGGAGAGGAUUAUGUGUUGAAUUCACGAGGGAUGAAGCUCUUCACGUGUUCAUGGAGACCAGAAGAGCAGCAAGAACCAAAGGCAAUGAUCUUUUUAUGCCACGGCUACGGAAUGGAAUCAAGCAUCACCAUGAAUAGCACGGCAAUAAGGUUGGUGAACGCAGGGUUUGUGGUCUACGGAAUAGACUAUGAAGGUCACGGUAAAUCCGGGGGAUUAAAUGGUUACAUACAAAACUUUGAUCAUCUUGUUGAUGACGUCUCUUCUCACUUCUCUUCAAUUUGUGAUAAGGAAGAGAAUAAAGGAAAGAUGAGGUUCCUGAUGGGAGAAUCCAUGGGAGGGGCGGUCGUGUUACUAUUAGCAAGAAAGAAGCCUGAGUUUUGGGACGGCGCCGUUCUAGUCGCUCCCAUGUGUAAGCUAGCAGAAGAGAUAAAGCCACAUCCUAUGGUGAUCAAGUUUCUCACAAAGCUAACUCGGGUUAUUCCAACUUGGAAGAUAGUUCCUAGCAACGAUAUAAUUGACGUCGCAUUUAAAGAAUCCCACAUCAGAAAACAGGUUAGGGAAAAUGAGUAUUGCUACAAGGGCCGGCCUCGCUUGAAAACUGCUCAUCAACUCUUAACAACUAGCUUGGAUCUUGAGAAGAAUCUUCAUCAGGUAGCGAUGCCAUUUAUUGUCCUUCACGGAGAAGAUGAUAAAGUUACAGACAAAGACGUAAGCAAGCUACUAUACGAGGUGUCAUCCAGUUCCGACAAGACUUUCAAGUUAUACCCGAAUAUGUGGCAUGGGCUUUUGUACGGUGAGUCUCCUCAGAAUUUGGAGAUUGUGUUUGGUGAUAUCAUUGGAUGGUUAAACGAGAGAGCUUCGGUUACUAACCAAAGGAUAGAGACUGAGUUAAAGCAUGCAUAA